UUCAUGUUGAUAUCUGGUUUGAAAAAAUCAAAUUUAACCAGAGAGAGACUCUCUCUCUCUCUUCUUGUGUCCGGUGAAUAAAAGGUUGUAUGCAUAAACCUUUUUUUACAGGAAUCUGAAUUUAUUUUUUCUUGUUUUUGUGGAUUAAGGCCCCGUUGAAGAAGCUGUGGCCUGCCUUUGUUCUCUCAAGAUCUCUCGAACCAGAGCUCUCUCUUUUGUCGCGCUUCUCUCUCUCUACUAUCUUGUCGAGCUUCUCUCACUCUACUCUCUUGUCGAGCUUCUUUCUCUCUCUCCCUCUCUCUUGACAAGCAUCUCUCCCUUGGUAGAUUUCUAUCUCUCUUAUGAACGGGGCUCAAGCUUUGAGCCGCCUCUCUAAUGGCUGCCGCCUCUUCCCUUAACAACCGAUCUUGCGGCCCUUGCGGAAGGUCAGUGAGCUCUUCCAGCGAGCUUUCUGCUGGAGACUCUCUCUGAGGUCGCCAGUAUCUGCCGUUUUGUCGUCGUAAAAUGCUGUACUUGAAGCAGCCGGCCUCUGGUGCGGAAGCAUGAGCCUAGAUGUGAAGGCGUCCUGUGCCUGAGGCACGGGGAUCCCGUCUCCAUGUCUUCAGAGAACGAAGCUCAGGUCCGGAUCUUGGAGCCAGAGGCUUGGAUUGAAGGCCCAGAGGCCUUGAUAGCUGAGCCGGAGGCUCGGAUUUUGGAAAGAGAAGCCUCGAUAGCUGAACCAGAAGCUCCAGUUUGGGAGCCAAGUGUUUGGAUUGAGAUAGAAGCCUCGAUAGAUGGACUAGAGGGACGGAUUGAGGUGAUGGAGGCACGCGUAGAGGGUUUGGAUGCUCAGAUUGAGGGUCCAGAGCCCUCGACCGCUGAGCCUGAGGUUGGAAUUGAGGGGUUGGAUCCUCGGGUUAAGGAGCUAGAGACUGGGAAUGAGGAUUUGGAGGCUCGGAAUGGGGAGUCGGAGGCUCUGAUUGAUGAACCAGAGUCUCGGGCUGAGGAUUUAGAGGCUCAGAUUGAAGGGGAACAGUCCCCGCCUGAGGAUUCAGAUGCUUCGAAUGAGUAUCCAGAGGCUCGGGUUGAGAGGACUGAGGCUCAGAUAGGGAAACAGGAAUCAUGGAGUGGAGAGGCAGAACCUCAGAUCGAGGGGAGGGACAGAAAGUUUUGUUAUUUGCAAAAAUUCACGCUUUACGAGACUCGAUCAAAAUUUUAUAUGGUAGGGAGGGACAAAAGUAGGACAUAUUGGAGAGUACUGAAGAUUGAUCGGCUGGAUCCUUUCGAGCUAAAUAUUCGUGAAGAUUCUACUACUUAUUCACAUACAGAGUGCUGUGAUCUGCUGAAGAGGAUACAUGAAGGAAACAGGUCAACUGGAGGGCUAAGAUUUGUUACCAACUGUUACGGAAUUGUUGGUUUCAUCAAGUUCUUGGGGCCUUAUUAUAUGUUGAUUAUCACAAAACGGAGGCAAAUUGGAGCUAUCUGUGGCCAUACCGUUUAUGCCAUUACCAAAAGCGAAAUGAUUGCUGUCCCUCACUCCACUGUUCAGAGCAAUAUGGCUUAUUCAAAAAAUGAGAACAGAUACAAGAGGCUUCUAUGCACUGUGGAUCUUACCAAGGACUUCUUUUUCAGCUACUCAUACCAUGUUAUGCGUAGUCUUCAAAAGAAUUUAUGUGAUGAACAGUCAGGACAAGUUGUAUAUGAGACGAUGUUUGUGUGGAAUGAGUUUUUGACUCGUGGCAUUCGGAAUCACCUUAAGAAUACCAUCUGGACAGUGGCAUUAGUCUAUGGCUUCUUUAAGCAGGCUAAACUGUCAGUUUCUGGAAAGGAUUUUAAAUUGACGCUCAUUGCAAGGCGCUCACGUCAUUAUGCCGGCACCAGGUACUUGAAACGAGGUGUCAAUGAGAAGGGUAGGGUAGCUAAUGAUGUAGAGACAGAGCAGAUUGUUUUUGAAGAUGUUCCUGAAGGAUGUCCUACACAAAUAAGUUCUGUUGUGCAGAAUAGAGGUUCAAUACCGCUAUACUGGUCCCAAGAAACUUCUCGCCUCAAUAUAAAGCCUGAUAUCAUAUUGCAAAAAAAGGAUCAGACUUAUGAAGCUACAAGACUUCACUUUGAGAAUCUUGUAAAGAGAUAUGGAAACCCUAUAAUUGUCCUGAAUUUGAUCAAGACACAUGAGAAGAAGCCUCGAGAAUCUAUCCUCCGUGCAGAGUUUGCUAAUGCAAUUGAAUUUAUAAAUAAAGAUUUAUCCGAAGAAAAUCGCCUCAAAUUUUUACAUUGGGAUCUUCACAAACAUUCUAGAAGCAGCAAAGCAACAAACGUAUUGGCACUGCUGGGAAAAGUCGCAUCAUAUGCAUUGAACUUGACUGGUUUCUUUUACUGUCAGUCGAUACCAGAUCCAAGUUCUGAGGGAAAUCUUAAAGGCCAUUUCCCUGAUCCUCGGUAUAAUGAAGAAGAAGAAUGUUCCCCUGAGGAGCUCAGUAGCAAUAAUACUGGUGAUGCGUACACCUCUGAAUCCAGAACCAAGGAAGAAGUAAAUGCUGACAAUGACGAGACUUAUUCUGUGAAGACUCCUAUUUUUCAAAGAGGAGUCCUUCGUACAAACUGCAUCGACUGUUUGGAUCGCACAAAUGUAGCUCAAUAUGCCUAUGGUUUGGCUGCUCUGGGUCAGCAGCUCCAUGCUUUGGGCUUUAUAGAUGUCCCUAAAAUUGAUCUUGAUGCUUCGCUUGCUGUUGUUUUGAUGGGAUUCUAUGAGACUAUGGGUGACACACUUGCAUUGCAGUAUGGUGGUUCUGCUGCCCACAACAAGAUAUUCUCUGAGAGAAGAGGCCAGUGGAAAGCAGCAACCCAAUCCCAAGAAUUCUUCAGGACACUCCAGCGCUACUACAGCAAUGCAUACAUGGAUGCUGAGAAACAAGACGCCAUUAAUGUGUUCUUGGGUCACUUUCAACCCCAGCAAGGUAAACCAGCUCUCUGGGAACUUGAUUCGGACCAACAUUACAAUGUUGGUAGGCGUUCCAAUGGUUUAUCAGAUGAAAAUGCAAGAUCAUUUUUCAAGAGGUCAUUGUCAGAUGGUAACAUUUUAUGUCAAAGCAACACUCCUGUUUCUGGGGUGAAAGAUGCGCAGAAAGGGUUGUCGAACUCUGCACUGCCUGGAAGGAAUGGUCAGGGAGACGACAAGAGGGGUCUCUGUGAUUCUACCCCAGAGAUCUCAACAUGUGAAAGUGAAAUAUCUUAUUCAAGGUACAUACCUUCGAUGACUCGUAGACAGCUCUUUGCAGAGAUGCAUAGAGAGGGCGGCCAUAUUUUCGUCAAUGAGAAUGGUGAUGCAUUGGGCUGCUCAAAUUUUGUGGAUGUGGACAUGCUCUCUUCUUCUGGCAACUCCUGUGAAGAUGAUAUUUACGAGAGAUCCACACUAAUCAACUCCCCUGUGGGUGGCCUCUCCUCCGAAAAUGUCGUCAAUGGAAUCAUUGUGGAAACAAUCAACCCCAAGAUCGAGCCAACUCGUACACCGAGCACAACCAUGUUGGGAUCACAUCAUCAAAACACAACUUGCAUCCAAGAGUUCUCUGAUAGCUUCGUGCAUUGGGUUAGUUAUGGCCAAACCCUUUGGUAAUUCCCCAAGUUAAAAAAAAAAAAAAAAUGAGAUGAUCUGUCGGCCCCAAAUAUUUAUCAAUCCA